UGUUGGGAGACCGCAUUAACUUUAGAACAUAUAAGUAUUAGUAACAGAUUCAGCCAUGUACGUCCUAUUAUUGCAGUGUAUUAGAAUGUUGUUGCUUUAAUAUGACUUUAGGUCAUGUGAGUUUUCUGUCGGUACUAGCAGGACUCCUUCAAAACGCUAACAUUAAGGCUAACUGGACCUGAUUUGGUAUGGUGAAUGCAGUGAACAAAGCUCGAGUAUUGAGACAUUAUUGAUUUCACGAUAAUCAUAGUUUUAUGUUGUAUGUACUAGUAGCCUCUUUUUAAAUGAAUUGGGUUCCACAUUAAGCUUCCCAUUUCUAGCCUACGUUAGUUCACCAAACCGGUGUGAAGUCAGGGAGAUAAUGUUAACUGUUUCUUCAAAGACAACAAAUAUCAUCGAAAUCUCAGUUAACUUAGCUAACGUUAGCCCGGAGACUCGUAUGUUACUCACUUUUUUUUUUGUUGAAUUUAAUCUAAGUUAGCUGACAGGUAAAGCUCCCGUUGUUAACACGCGCCGUCCAGCUGUGGAGCCAAGGGGUGCCACGGUAAUGUUCCAGCUGCCGGUGCUUCUCAAAUGGCUUUAAACUGUGCGCCGUUAUAUACCUGCAUUUGGUUGGACAAAGCUCGGCUUUCCAGUGGAAAUGGAUGAAUCCAAGCCUCGAUACAGCAAAAGGCUGCGGGCCGGUACCCGUCGACGUUACCACGAUGACGGCAUCUCUGAUGAGGAGAUUGAUGGAAGAAGGACGUUUGAUCUGGACGAGAAAGUCAACGGUCAGAGGUUCGGCUCUGAACGGGUCGUUCGCAUGGAGGGAAGAGAAUUUACGUUUGAGUUCAUCCAGAGAGGCGGCCUCAGGGACCCAAUCAUCUUUGAGAAGCCUGAUGGACUGGGAAUGAAGAUGCCCGAUGCUAACUUCACUGUCAAUGACGUCAAGAUGUUUGUCGGUAGCAGACGCAUGAUAGAUGUGAUGGACGUGAGCACUCAGAAGGGAACAGAGAUGUCAAUGGCCCAGUGGACACGCUACUACGAGACCCCUCCAUCUCAAAGAGAGAAACUCUAUAAUGUCAUCAGCCUGGAGUUUAGCCACACCAAGCUGGAGAACUUGGUUAGGAGGCCUGCCACAGUAGAUCUAAUAGACUGGGUGGACAACAUGUGGCCUCGCCACCUGAAAGAGAGACAGAGAGACUCAACCAACUCCAUCAAUGACAUGCAGUACCCCAAAGUACAGAAGUACUGUCUGAUGAGUGUCGAGGGCUGCUACACAGACUUUCACAUUGACUUUGGAGGGACGUCAGUGUGGUACCACAUACUGAGAGGAAGCAAGGUGUUCUGGCUGAUCCCUCCCACCCAUCAGAAUCUGGAGCUGUAUGAGAACUGGGUACUGUCUGGGAAACAGGGAGAUGUUUUCCUGGGAGACCGAGCAUCUGACUGCCAGAGGAUUGAACUGAAGCAGGGCUGCACCUUUAUCAUACCCUCAGGUUGGAUUCAUGCGGUCUACACCCCUGUGGACUCUAUGGUGUUUGGAGGAAACUUCCUGCACAGUUUCAACAUCCCUAUGCAACUUAACAUCUGUAAUAUAGAAGACAGAACGCGGGUUCCACUGAAGUUUCGUUACCCCUUCUACUAUGAGAUGUGCUGGUACGUGUUGGAGCGCUAUGUCUUCAGCAUGACCAAGACCUCCUACCUUACACCAGAGUUUCAGAAACACUCGCUGGGCAUUGGUCUGAAGAAGCCAUCCAGUUCAGCCAGUGAACAGGUGGAGGAGGAGGAGGAGGAGGAGGAGGAGGAGGAUGCUAGUGGCAGUGAUAAAGAGGCUCCAGAGCAGCAGUCUGAUAAGCCUGCAGUUCAAGUUCAUCUGACUUCUCUCGAGCUGGAGGGAUUGGGGAACCUGCUAGGGAAACUGGAGGCUCUGCCCUCCAACAAGAAGUGUGUGCCAGCAGGGAUACACAACGCCCCGGCCCUCAUUGCACAUAUCAAGGCACUACUGGAGGAACAUGCCAAUGACAAUCCCAAACUGUCCUACACAGGAAAACCCAUCGUCAAGUGGCCAAAGAGACCGUCGUGGUACCAGCCUCCACCACCACCACCACCUCCUCGUCCUAAAUUGGCCUCCACUCCCAUUAUCCCACGACCACAGAAACCAGCCUCCUCCAUGUCUGUGCUGAGACGGCGCAGGGUCAGGUGUAAACGCUGUGAAGCCUGUAUGAGACCAGAGUGUGGAGACUGUAACUUCUGCAGAGACAUGAAGAAGUUCGGAGGACCAGGGAAGCUCAAGCAGACUUGUGUGCUACGACAGUGUCUCUCUCCGGGCCUUCCUUUGUCUGCAGUGUGUGAGAUCUGCAAGGAGCCCAAUCAAGAGGAAACUGGAGACCCCUCCCUCACCCUGAUGGAAUGUUCCAACUGUGCACAGAUAGUCCAUCCUGCCUGCCUCACGGUUCAGGGUGAAGGAGUAGUGAAUAAAGACCUGCCCAGCUGUUGGGAAUGUCCAAAGUGUGUCCAAGGGAUCACUGACCCAGAGCAGUGUAAAGGAGACCGAGGGGAAGGCCUUGCAGUGAAGCGGAAAUCUUCCUCUCUGCUCGAUGCUCGUAUGGCUAAGAUCUACCGACGACAGAGACACAGCCGCGAUGGAGACGACUCCGCCAGUGAUGACGAUGAUGAAGCCUCUCAGAGGAGAAAGAUGGCACUCCAUGCCCGAGGAGGGAGCCGCUCUUCCAGGAGGGGGUUUGGUGCCAACGCGAGAGGCCUGCCGAGAGGAGGUUCCGCCCACAGAGGAAACAGAGGAGGGCUUGUGACUCCCGGCUCUUCCUCCGUCCUCAAGCUAAAGCGAGGGAUGGGCAUGAGGGAGGCCGCACGGAGGGGACGGGGGGUGAGGCUGCGGGGGGGCUCCAGAAUGCAGCGAAGAGGCGACGAAUCCGAGGAGUCGGACGACGACGACGACGACGACGAGGAGGAAGAGGAGGAGGAGGAGGACAGUGAAGACGGAGACAAAGAAAGACAUCAUCGACGUAGAAGGAGGCGUAGGACUGAUGAUGAUGACGACGACGAUGAUGAAGAUGAGGACAGUGAGGGUCAGGAGUUUGACCCUGAAGAGGAGGAAAUGGACACGCUGGAAGAGGAGGAGGAGGAAGAGGAAGAUGAAGGGCGCUGGGAUUCAGAUCCAGAACCCCCGGUCCUCCUGGUGUCUGAUCUGAAUGAUGACCUGCUGAGCGGCUCCUACCUGACCGUCACUCUGCAGCGCCCCCACAAGGCCAAGAGGCACCCAGGUUCCAUCGUUCCAAAGCUGGAAGCAGCCAUGGCUCCGAGGACCACUGCAGGGGUUGCUGGUGGUCCGCAGGGCUUCAUCCACAGAAAGACAGCUCUGUCCAAACCUUCACGACUCAGGAGCGCCGAGGCCACGGCUGACAGCGCAGCCCCAAGAGGACCUGGCAGGCCACGUCUGCAGGGUAACCAUGGCGACAGAGGCACUAGAGAUCACUCUGCAUCUUCUUCAGAGGAAGAGGAAGCUGCUGCUGCGCCCUCCUCCCUGUCCCCUCCGUCCCUGUUGUCUCUGCCGUCCUUUAAAGACGUGGGCAACGAGAGAGGAGGGGAGAAGGAGGUGUGGGUGUCUGUGUUCAGAUACUUGAACAGAGCCGAACUUCUGGCCUGCAUGAGCGUCUGUAAGGCCUGGUACAAGUGGAGCUGUGACAAGCGUCUGUGGAGCCACGUGGAUGUGAGUCGCUGCAGCCCGCUCACAAACCAGGCCCUGGCAGGCAUCAUCAAACGCCAGCCCACCUCUCUGGACCUGUCCUGGACCCCCCUGGCCAAGAGACAGCUCAACUGUCUGCUCACCAGGCUCCCAGGUCUGAGGGAGUUGAGGGUGGCUGGUCUAUCCUGGUCCUGUCUGUCUGCGCUGGUCUCUCCCGUUCUGCCCUACCUGCGGCUGCUGGACCUGCGCUGGUGUGAAGGCCUUAAAGACGCCCAGAUUAAAGAGAUCAUCACCCCCCCUGAGUUGUCUCGCAGCAGACUGAGGAACAUGGUGACGCUGCGUCUGUCUGGUCUGGACGUUAGUGAGUCCACUCUGAGGUUGCUGCAGCGCCACAUGCCCCAGCUGGAGAGGCUGGACCUGGCUCACUGUAAGGACAUAACUGACUCGUCCAUCGCCCUGUUGGCAGCAGCCGGAACUCCCACCCGCAACAACCUCACUGAACUCACGCUGGCAGGUUGUAGUGAGCUGACAGAUGGCUGUCUGUCCUGCCUGAAGCGUCUCUCCUCUCUGACUCUGCUGGACCUCCGAGGCUGUAAGGGCAUCAGCAGACGAGCCUGUGACACCUUCAUCUCUGACCUGUCCCACACCGCCCUCUACUGUAUGAUGGAGGAGAAGCUCAUCCAGCGCAUGGACUAACACAACAACAUGAAGAGCACAAAACCUGGAGUUAGAAACAUCCUUCGGAACCCAAAGGAAACUAAAAUCACAUUGUUUUCUGAUACGUGUAAAUAAAAGAAUCCUUUGGAGUCGUGGGAAGGUCUGUUUUUCACUGUUGAUGGAGCUAGGCUAGCUGUUUGCCCUUGCCUCUUGUCUAUGUGUUAAGCUAGGCUAAAUACUCAAACUUGAAAUGUGUGUGGAAGGUACAUGUUUAACCAGACGUCUGGUGGAACAUGAGACCACCUUGUGUUGUAUACAGACGGACACAGAGCGGACAGUAAAAAUAUGGGAAAUGGAAAACUGAACCUACAUUUGUUGACUGAACUUGAACAAAGUAGGCGUUCGUGAGUGUUCUGACAUGUACAGUGAAUUCAAUAUGUGUGUGUGUAUAUAUAUGUUUGUUUUUUGUUUCUUCCAGGUUAAGAUGCACUCCACUCAGACAACGGACAUUGUACACAGUGUGAAAACUUAAUAAAAUGUCAAUUUGUA